GUCAGGUAGAUGUCGGGAAGUCAGAUGAUACAUCAAGAAAAAAUCAGGUAGAUAUUGGGAAGUUGUUUCAAGAAGUUGAGAAAUUGAAGGUCAAUUUGAGUUCUAUUGAAGGGAUUUCUCAAUGA